GUCGCUAGCGCCCCAGCUGCUCCUCCAGCUCCUCUUGACAUGUAUCCCUUGAAGCCAUCUUUUUGUAUUAACUCCUGCGUCCCUCUCAUCUUUUUCCUUCUCGUCCUCCUCGCCCUUGUUCAUCCUGGGGGAAGAGCAAGAUAUUUUCCCACUUCUAACUUCGAUCCCUUUCUCUUCCUUCCAUUCUCCGACUCAGGCUUCCAUCGGGCCUGAUUAUAUUGGUCAAGAUGGCGACGGGAUCUGCACGAUACGUUCGAUACAUUCUAUUCGCCUUCUUCGGCCUCGCCGUCUUCUACUUCAUCUCCCACUCCAGCUACGAGGGCGCAAGACUUCAGGAUGGCACUUUCAGCAAGCCAGGCGCUCCCGCCAACGGUCAGCAGCAGAGUGGCCAAAAUCCUGUAGAAAAACCCAAACAGCCUGCUCAAUCCGAUGCGAACCGGCCCAAGGUUGGCGAGACAUACGAUCCAAAGGAAUGGCCCAUGGCCAUGACUCCGAACGAGCCUGGCUGGGACGAAUUAUCCGGUAUCGCACCCGGCCCACGCAUAAAUGCCACUUUCGUCACCCUCGCCCGAAACUCCGACAUCUGGGAUAUUGCCCGCUCCAUCCGUCAGGUCGAGGACCGUUUCAACCGCCGCUACAACUACGACUGGGUCUUCCUCAACGACAAGCCGUUCGAUGCCACAUUCAAGAAAGUCACCACCUCUCUCGUCUCCGGUAAGACUCAUUACGGUGAAAUCCCCAAGGAGCACUGGUCCUUCCCCGAGUGGAUCGACCAGGAGAAGGCUCGCAAGGUCCGCGAGGACAUGGCCCAGCGCAAGAUCAUCUACGGCGACUCUGUGAGCUACCGCCACAUGUGUCGCUUUGAAUCUGGCUUUUUCUUCCGACAGCCCCUCAUGAUGAACUAUGACUACUACUGGCGUGUCGAGCCCUCUAUCGAGCUCUUCUGCGAUAUUCACUACGAUCCCUUCCGCUUCAUGAAGGAGAAUAACAAGAAGUACAGCUUCGUCCUGAGCUUGUACGAGUACGUCGAGACCAUCCCUACUCUUUGGGACAGCACCAAGAAGUUCAUCAAGAACCACCCUGAGCACAUUGCCCAGGGCAACUCCAUGGGCUUCCUGAGUGAUGAUGGAGGCGACACCUAUAACCACUGCCAUUUCUGGUCCAACUUCGAAGUUGGUGACCUCAACUGGCUCCGAUCCCAGGCGUACAUCGACUACUUCGAAUCCCUUGACCAGGACGGCGGUUUCUUCUACGAACGAUGGGGUGACGCUCCCGUCCACUCGAUCGCCGCCAGUCUCAUGUUGCCCAAAGACCAGAUCCACUUCUUUAACGACAUCGCUUAUUACCAUGUUCCCUUCACUCACUGUCCCACUGGCGAGAAGGUCCGUCUUGACAGACGUUGCCACUGCAACCCCAAGGACAACUUUGACUGGAAGGGCUACUCUUGCACGAGCCGCUUCUUUGAGGUCAACGGUAUGGAAAAGCCUGAGGGCUACGAGAACCAGCAGGAUUAAGCUCAUACAGCGGUACGGUACAGUGAGCGUAUGUAGUAUGUAUCAACAAGUUUCAAAAGGGGCCUUGGUUUUGGCCGUCAAUCAAGUUGGCCUGCACCAAUGAAGGGAAUUGGGCAGAUCGGGUACUAAACGUGGGGCGGCGUCAAUGGUUCUGGACACUUUUUUUGCUCUGUAGAUAUUAGCAAAUGGAGAGUGCUGUCUGGAGUU